AUGGGACUAGAGAUAGCCGGAGCGGAGAGGAAGCUGCAACUACAAGAAUUAGAGAGCCUUCGCCUGGAAGCAUAUGAAAACUCCAGACUAUACAAGGAAAAGGUGAAGGCUGUGCACGACAAGAAUAUCAAAUGCACAGAGUUCAGACCUGGCGAGUUAGUUCUCCUUUACAACUCAAGGCUGAGACAUAUGCCAGGCAAGCUGGGAACUAGGUGGGACGGUCCCUAUAAGGUAGAAAAGGCUGAACCAUAUGGCAUCUUUCACAUACGCCAUCCAUCAAGCCUCAAGAUCUUCAAGGUUAAUGGUCACCGCCUGAAACUGUAUCAUGGUGAAAAGAUACACAAUAAGAAGGAACUGGAAAUCUUCCUCCUGGAAGAUCCACCAUCACCAGACGACUGA